AGUUAGUCAGAUGAAGACACAUCUCGUUGCAACUAUAGACAUAUAAUUAAAUAUAAAUAUAAUUGAGACAUGGGAAUUUUAAUAUAUCUUCUUAUGCACAUGUAUAUUGUCGCAUCUACAAACGUGACGUCAUUUGAAUGGUCCUUUGUUUCAAACAAAUAUGAAUUUUUCUGCUUCUGGUUAGAGCAUCAAAACUCUUCAGUGAUGUUAUUUAGUAGUAAAAACGAAUCUCGAUCUGUUUUUUACGAGAGUGUUAAAUGGGAUGAAAACAGGUGUUAUAUUAAACCCGCAUAUCUGCCAUACGGCAUGAAGUGCAGAUGUAUAGACCAAGGCUUUGCUGGAUGUAAGGUCACAGCGACUGAAGAUAGCACUAGUGCAGUGGAAUGGAAGUGCGCUUUUCGCUUUAAUAAAGCACUUCAGUACAGCAACGUUUCAGAAAAUGUCAUUCAAGCAGAUCACAUUUCGAGUGAAACUGUAAAAGGCAUUUUAGAAACAAAGCAUACCGUUAUAUAUACAAGAGAAAACAAACCAGUGUCCCUUCAUUGUUCGAAUGGAAUCUCUGCUUACAAGAUGCCGGAGAUGCAAAAUGUUACCUGGUAUGCGAUGUACGACAGAGAUAAUCCCCAAUCAAUCGGAGGUGAAAUAAAAAUAAACCACACUCUUGAAUCUGUCAUUAAUGUAUCAUUCACAAGAAGCGAACAUGGCUUAAUCGUAUAUUGUGCACACGGCGCACGGAUAAUAGCACAAUGGACGAUUUUUGUGUUUUAUCCACCGACUGUUGUUGAAAAAUACAUAGAGAUCACCGAGAGCGCAACCAUUCGUCAGGAAUGUAAUUUUUUUCCGGGUAACCCGAAAACAACUAAAAUACGUUGGAGAAAAGGAAAUUUAUUUUAUCCGCAUCAUAAACUUGAACUGACACAUAUAAGCAGGCAAGAUGCUGGAAAUUACACAUGUGAAGCAACUAAUCGAUUUGAUCAAGGUGGAAUUGUUUAUGUUGGCAAUGACACAGGGACCCUUCGACUGAUAGUUUUGUACCCGACAAAUGUCGCACGUUUCUAUAUCAAUGACAUGUUUGAAGAGGAGCAGGUGACACUUGUAGAAACGGGCAACGGAACAAUUCAUUGCUAUGGCGAUGGCAAUCCAGCGCCGACACUUUCGUUAAUGAGAUAUUUUGCAGACAAUCAAAGUGACGUGACGUUAUACACUGUCAAUAGCACAUAUCUUCGUUACGAUAUUUCUACACUUGACAGCCAACAUUCUGGAAAAUACACCUGCGCAACUUCCAAUCGUUAUGGCGAGACGUUUAGAACACUACAUCUCAUUAUCAAACAGUUACAAGAAAUUGCAAAUAUCAUGCACGUGUAUUUGGUAACACGUAAUCAAACAUCUGUCAACUUGCGAUGGAUUCUUAAUGACGAUGUGUUGUUUCACAUAGUGCAGAACAAGACUUGCUAUGUUUGUUACAAAAAUAGUGAAGAGACAGAAUGGAACAACGUUAUCGCAAAUAUAUCGAGAAAAGAGACGCACAAUUCAUGGAUGCUGGAUCUAAAACUGAUUAACCUUCGCUCUGAUACUCAAUAUGAAAUUCAACUGAUAGCAAGUUUACCGACUGGCAAUUACUCCAUCGCACCGUCACUUACGGUCAGGACAUUGUCGUUUUCAAAAACGACGGGAAUAGACAUCAUUAUUGCGCUUAUCGUCUGUUCGGUGCUUAUCAUAUGUAUUAGCUUACUACUGCGAGUGUUUAUGAAAAGGCCACUUCGCGUCGAGACACUUGGAGAUAUCAAUAACAUACGUAUGGGCGCGCUUACUGCUCUGAACACUACGAAUGAGGCGGGGAGUGCUCCCGGUUUUAUACUAUUUGAAGACGAGGACCAUUACGACUGCAUUGAGAUGAGCAGAACAGAUCCAGGCAAUAAUUCACAAGACGAUCUAUGUGCUCAUAAUGCAUCAGUCCCUCCUGAUAUUGUGGGUAGAACACAUUCACGUGAUGGCAUUUGUUUGCAGACUCAAACAGCAAACAAAGUCGAUUACGAAUUCCUUGAUCGCACUGGAAACCCAGCUGAGGGGGAGUACAAAUCUAUUGAAGAGGAUGUUGAAGACAGCGAUAGUUGGAACACCGAUUCGACUAUCUCCGACACAUGCUUACAGUACUUAACAGUGAUUGAGAACCUGCCGAUUCCACCAGAAAGAAUUAAUGCGUUUCCAGACAUGGGCCUUUCUACAUCCUCUACUGCCUGCCAAGAAGAGAUAAGCAUUGGCUUGAACGUGUAGAGAACAAACAUACACGUGUUAUGGACGUGGAGGACGUUAACAUGUUUUAGCAUGAUCAAUGUAAGGUCGCGAAAAUUACAUGGAAGCAGUACUAACCUGGUAUUAACUGCAUAUAGACCUAAUAAUGAUGCAGUGCUGAUUAUAGGAGCGUAGCUCUGACGUGUGCAAGUCAACUUGUGCUCUCGUUGACGUUUUGUUAUGCUUGUUCUGCAUUCGUUUGAGUUAAACCCGCCUACAUCGCGUCCCCAAAAGACUUAAGCAAGAAUUUCGCAAAAUCGUGUUAUGUUUUAAAGGUAUGUUUUGAGGUCUUUACUGCGUAAUUUCAAGGUCUGAAUAACAUUAUACUACAUAAGCGGUCGAAGAAAAGUGAAAUAAUUUCGCAGAAAAUUACAACUCGUAUUGAGAAAAAAAUGAGUGAACAAGAUGCUGUUUUCUUAUGAUGACAAAAUAGCAUGGUGCAGUAUUAAAUCGCAACUGUUCAGCUAACCAGAAAUCAUCGCAGACGGAUAUAAUCGCAGGUUUGCUGGUCUCAAAUUCGGUUUACUUUGGAUAUGUUUCGUCUUGCACUUGUUUUUUGUUUUGCUUAGUUGGUGUUGUUUUAAGGGGGAAGGGGAUUUCUUUUAGCGAUUGAAGCUAUAUUAAACUCGAAGUGUUUCCCACCCUAAUAACUUAAUUAGCUUUCAGACGUGCGCAUGGAGUGACAUAUACUUACUUAUUCCUGAAGUUUGAGCUAUAAGAGUUUUUUCAAAGCGGUUCGAUUUAUUUUCCUUUAGCUUCGGAUAGCGUGGAGAGGAAAGCUGAAUUAUUUGAAUGUUUUAUGUGUGUGCACGUUGCGAACAGUAUAAAUUGUAAAUUGGUGUGAAACGCACGGCGCCGAGGAAAUACUAUUUACCGAAAGUUAAUUAAAGUUAAUUAAAAAUCAACCACAUAUUAAGUCUGUUGUCUAUGCGUCUUUUAUAAUGAGUUCAUUUCGCUCAAUUGUUUAUUGUUAACAUGACGGUCCAACAAUAUCUCAGUGGACAAUGCUUAUUUUGUGAUUAAAUACUUCCUUAUGCUUUAGAUCCUUUCAUAUUCAUGUCUUAUUCUAAGUAUUAGUAAUUUGCGGCGGCAACUGUUGAUUUUUUUCCUUGUUAUCACUCAAUAUGCUCUUAUUAUAAUUAUAAUAGUAGACAAUAGAUCAAUCAGUUCGAUAAAGUUAGCACGUACUAAGAUGUGGGUAAUGAAAUCUCAGGAUAAUCCAUUUUUCGCUGGUUAAGAUGAGGUCAAAGUCUCUGUAGCCGUUACUACUAUAAUUGAGAAACACUAAAGUCUGAUAGAGGUCAUUGUACUGAAAAAUAAAAUGAAGAUGUAUGUACUGUCUGUGAUAUCAUCUUGGAUGGCUGUGGUCUAGGUCGACGUAACCUAAAACAAUUCAGAACAUGUUGUGCGCUCAUUUAUUCGAAAAUUGUUCAAUCAUUGAUCUAAACGAACAUUUAUAUAAAACAACUUUAUAUGUAAGACCUAUUGUUUGUAAAUUGCUUAUACGUUUAAUCUGCUUGAAUUUGGUUGAGGAGGGGGUAAAUGCAACUGUUCUAAAUUAUAAGUUUGAACUAAACUGAGAGAUUAUAACUAGAACACAUACAACGAAUAAUGGAUAUUAAUUCAUUUAUCCAGAUGCACAUAUUCAGUUUUGGCAUUAGGCCACAUGAACUGUUACCGUUCUUUGAAUAAGCAUGUUCACACUGAGUAUUAAUAUAUCUGGUACUUAUAUAUUAAUAAUAAGAAAGCUCAGACUGCGCACACAUCGAAACUAUAUAAUCACUGGCCGUUUCAAUCGAUCAAGGAACAAAAUGCCUACAUAAUACAUAAAAAAAUCAAUUAAGUAUACAAAUGUUAAAUUUAUUGAGUAUUAAUUUUAGACAGAUGUUGCUGAAUACGUACGUUGCAUACGUUAUUUAUCUCGAUACAACAUUGAUUCUGGAAUGAAUUGAAAUCAAUUUAGAAAUUGUAAACUUUGUUAAAAUCUACCUAUAGUUAUGAAUCAAACAAGGAUUAAUGCAAACAAGAUGUUUAUUUUCUGGCUUUCCUUUCGUUUAUCAAAACGUGAUUAUCAAACGUAUCUUAGUAUUUUUAUAAUGCUUAAUUUAUUUUGCAAGUAUCACAUUUCAAUUAAUGAUUUCAGAUGCGUUUUACAUAAGCAUAUUUGAUCAGCUUACGUUUAUGCAAUAGGCAUGUACAACUAUGCAUGUAUAACAUUUAGGUAUCAUUACUGUACUGUGACUUUAAUAUUCUUGCUAACAUUACUUUUGUUUAAGUAUUAAGUAUCUUACGGUUACAAUUGUCCUUUUAUAUACAAAUGUCAAAUUGACUAAACGAAUUUUGAAUGAAUAAUACUUGACUCUUAAGUUCAUUAUAUAGUAGUGAUUUGCAUUUAUCAAAUCGGUAAUAAAGCUUAUGUUAUGAAUACAUAUUAUUAUAUGUAUGAAAAUAAAGCAUUAUAUUAUAU